GUCCCGUCCUGCAGAGAGGAAGCAGCCUCACUGACUGAGCGGUAGGAGAGAGAGCAGGACUCACCCCCGGGAAGAGACGCAGCGUUUCAAAACCAAAGGAGCAGAUUCCUCUUCCCUCGCUCCUGCACGAACCUGCUCCCCCCGACUGAACGUCUCCUCUUCAGAUGAAGCCAUGGCUGAGGGGAGCUGCUUCGGUGCGUUGUAGCUGUUUGGGAUGACCAGGGCUGAGCCUCACGUCUCAGAGGGAGAGGGACACAGCGAGGAAGAAAGAAUCGCUGGAGGAGAGAAAACAUCUGCUGGGAGAGGAUAAGAUCAGCAGCCCAUCUGGAUCUGAACAGGGAACCUACUGGACCUCUCUCCGUGGAAGAAAAGGAAUUUCCGUCACUUCUGAGGAGCUUUAACAGACUUUAAACUUUUCUUUUUUUCAUUCACUGGUUGUUACCGUUCCAAGAGGGGCAAGCGUCAUGUGCCAUGUCAUUGUAACGUGCCGCUCCAUGCUCUGGACACUGCUCAGCAUUGUGGUGGCCUUUGCUGAGCUCAUCGCCUUCAUGAGUCCUGAUUGGCUGCUGGGAUUCCCCCGCUCGGACUCCGGUGUGAGUGGUGCGGGGGUGGAUCCCGGGGAGUACCGGCCGUCGCUCGGCCUCUACAGCCGCUGCCUGCAGGUCGGGGCGCGGGGAGUGGGGGUGAGCUGUGGGCCGUACGCCUGGACGUUCGGGGAAGUGGCCAGUGGCUUCUGGAAGGCGGCCAUGUUGUUUCUGGCCGCUGGGACGUUGGUGCUGGGCUGCGUGGCCUGUCUCUCCAUCUUCAGCUUGUGUUUCCAGAGCAUCCUGAAGAAGAGCAUAUUCAACAUCUGUGGGCUGCUGCAGGCUAUCGCAGGCCUGCUGCUGAUGGUGGGCCUCAUGCUGUACCCUGCCGGCUGGGGUUCAGAGAAGGUCAUCGGCUACUGUGGCCCUGAUGCCUCGCCCUUCAGGCCGGCUCUGUGCUCGCUCGGCUGGGCGUUCUACGCGGCGAUAGGAGGAACACUGGCGACCUUCCUGUGCUCUGUUCUGUCCGCGCAGGCUGAGGUCGCCACCUCCAGCGAUAAGGUCCAGGAGGAGAUCGAGGAGGGGAAGAGUCUGAUAUGCCUGCUCUGAGCCUCCAGGGACGUUGGGACGACAUCCUUCUCUCUAAUAGAGUGAUUUUCUUCACGAAUCAGCUGAUUGUCGAAAAGAUAAAUGCUUGGUAACAGCUUUUUUUAAACAUUAGGUGGUGUACUCACUUGCUGAAGCCCACCUGAGGCCAAGAAACGUCAUCCAUACACUUAUUCUGUGUUUUUUUCUUUUUGGGGGUUUAUUUUUUACCAAGAUACUGUUUAUUCUUGUUAUAAUUCUUGCCGUAAACAAACCACUGUACUAGGAUAGCAGGAGAUAAGCGCGUGUGCUGUUGUGGACAGGUCCGACACUGCUGCCAGUGAAACAGUGUGUAGGAUUGUAAAUGUCAUUAAAAUGUUCAUUUACACGGUUCACCUGCAAACCUCAACAAACCACUGAAUACUAGCAGAUGUGCCCACUAAAGUAAAACCCCAACAAUGUGUGUCUGUGUGUGUGUGUCUUUGUGUGUGCGUGUGUGUGUGUGUGAUAGGCGUUAACUGUUGAGGUUUCCAAACGUCCAAAUGCUCUGAUUCUGCAGCUCAGCAGGACAGUGAGAUUUAAGGGAUUUGCUGACUUCAAAAGAUGUUCCUUCGCUUAAAUGGAUUUUUCGUGGCUCUAUCUUAAUAACUGGCCGAGUGUGUGCGGAGACUUUCCAUAUGUCUCACUGUGGUGUGCUUUCACAGGCGUGGGGGGGGGGGGGGGGGGGUGCUCUCAGCGAGAUAAAGCCGACUGCACCACAGCUUAUCACAAGCUACCUGACGUGAAGAGAACCAUGCAAGACAAGAUCUGGCUCUGGAAAGAGAUCCGAGACAUGAAACAAUGGGAGAAAAUUCAAAAAGCCUUUGAUAUGGAUGAAGGCAAAAAACUCCCAGUGGCUCAUGGGAGAUUCCGCCUCAGACUUUCUUUCAGAGCAGACCUCCUUAGUUUGGGAGAUUCAGAGCAUUCCUGUUCCCUAUUAGCACCUGAUGUCGUGCUUUGCACUUAACCCCUGAGCUCAUUUCACAUUGCUACACAAGUCGCUGUAUAGAUCUAAUGCUUUUUUCUCCAUUGUAGAUGAGAUGUGCAAUAAUUGAACUGUAGUGUGUUUUGCUGAAAUCACGAAUCAAUGAUUGUCCGCUGUUUUUUGUUACAUUAACAAAAGAGUGACGGUGUCUGUGGAAUGUUGUGUGACGCUGCAAGCUCAAGAGAUUGAUGGUGUGUGAUUAGAGACACAGUCUGUACUCAAAUAAACCAGGCCUCCUCCUGUA